UUCGACUGACUUUAUCAUGUUUAUGACAAUGCUAACAAUAUUAAAAUGACUAUAACAGUUUUAGAAAGAAAGACUGAAAUGGAAUUAAAGAAAGCAUUGAGAAAGUUUGUGGAGAAUCAGAAAAAAAAGAAAACAUCUGAUCCUAGCAAAGCUAAGGCAGAGGAAACUACUCUGUUUACAAAAUACUACUCAGAAUGGAAGGGUAUUGACAAGGGCUACAAAAAUGAGCCAGCCCUAUAUGUGAAACUUCCUUCAGAAGAUGAACCGUUAAUGCUGAAACUAAGGGAGGAGUCCAGGGCUGUAUUUUUACAAAGAAGGAGCAGAGAGUUGCUGGACAAUGAUGAAUUACAGAGACUAUGGUUUCUACUAGAUCAGCACCAUACUCCUCCCAUUGUGGGGGAGGACCAAAUGAUUAAUUAUGAGGAUUUUCUGAAAGUGGGGGAGGAAGCUGGUCCAAAGUGCAAACAGUUUUUUACUGCCUCUGUGUUUACAAAACUCCUACAGAUGGAUCCCUAUGGUAGGAUCUCCAUUAUGCAGUUCUUUAACUAUGUGAUGAGAAAGGUUUGGCUUCAUCAGACAAGGAUUGGUCUUUCUCUCUAUGAUGUGGCUGGACAGGGGUACCUUAAGGAAUCUGAUCUAGAGAAUUACAUUUUAGAAUUGAUUCCAACACUUCCACAGCUGAAUGGACUGGAGAAAUCUUUCUACUCUUUCUAUGUGUGUACUGCUGUAAGAAAGUUCUUCUUUUUCUUGGACCCUAUGAGGACUGGUAGGAUUAAAAUACAGGAUAUUCUGGCUUGCAGCUUUCUGGAUGAUUUAUUAGAGCUUAGAGAUGAAGAUUUAUCUACAGAGAUGCAGCAGUCUAACUGGUUCUCUGCCCCUUCUGCUUUAAGGGUGUAUGGUCAGUAUUUGAACCUGGACAAAGAUCACAAUGGCAUGCUAAGCAAAGAAGAGUUGGCAAGAUAUGGUACAGGUACCCUGACUCAAGUGUUCCUAGAUCGUGUGUUUCAAGAGUGCCUGACAUAUGAAGGAGAAAUGGAUUAUAAGACAUACCUUGAUUUUGUCCUUGCCCUGGAGAAUCGGCGAGAACCCCAGUCCCUCAGAUACUUGUUCAGAAUUCUUGAUGUCAAACAUGUGGGAUAUCUGAAUGUCUUUUCUCUGAAUUACUUCUUUAGAGCUAUACAAGAACAGAUGAAGAUCCAUGGCCAGGAACCAGUUUCUUUUCAUGAUGUAAAAGAUGAAAUAUUUGAUAUGGUGAAGCCAAGGGAUCCUCUACAUAUUACUCUUCAAGAUCUCAUCAACUGUGGUAAAGGAGACACAGUUGUGAGUAUACUUAUAGACUUGAAUGACUUCUGGACUUAUGAAAAUAGAGAAUACCUAGUGCCAGAAUCUAGUGAGGAAUCAGAGAUUUGAAUCACUUUAUAAGGACUUAUGGAAAGUCCUGAAAUAAUGUACAGUACCCUGCCAUUGUGUCCACAGCCUCUUCUCUGCCCCAAGAAAGCAUUUGACUUCUGCCAAGCUACUGAGACUGAAAUCCAUUAUAUUGUAUUUGUUGGGUUUUUUUUUUUAUGUUUUUUAUACCAAAUAUUGCUGUCUCAUAUCUUUGAGUCAUUUAUGCCAUGUCUGAAAAAAAGUGUUGAAAACUUGUGUUUAAUAUUUUUUUUUUCUUAAAUGUUUCACUCUGUGAUUAGAUUAUAUAUGUGGAUGUAGUCAAGAUCACUUACAUGUAUUUUUAACUAUUUCAUAAAGUGUCAUUUCAUUCUCAGACAUUCCGUCCAAAUGCAUUUUCUGCUUUUAAGUAUAUAUAUACAUGUUUUUGAUGCAUCUUCACAUUAGUAUUAAAUGACAUAAGGUAGUUACAUACUUGUUGUCCUAUUGCAGUCAUUUUAGAAUAUCUUUCUAUGGAAUCUGUAAUAGAUCAGGAACAAAAAGUUGAUGGUUUAUUAUUCUUGCAGCUUCAAUUCUUUGUCAUCCUGUGAAUUUUUCCCCAUAUUUCAUACAUGUACAAGAAUUGUAGUCAUGGGAAAUACCCUGAUAGCAGUAUUAUCUCACGCAUUCCAUAUAAAAUCAUAUUCACACCCUGUAUAUAAUUACAUAUAUGCCAAAUAUUUCAUGCCAAGAAAUCAAAAGCACUUUCAAUCAUCUGGAAGUAUUUUUUGAUAGAAAAGAUUUAAGCACACCAUAUUACUGGUAAAUUGAUUGUAAUUGCAUAUUAAUAGAACUGUAGGAUAUAAAAUAAGAAUUCUAGAGUGAUAUAUGGUAAUAUGCUGAAAAAAUUAUCAUUUUUUGAUGAUAAUUAUUUUUCUUAGAUCAUUUUAAAUUGAUUCUGUUUUAGAAUCUGCAGUUAGUCAACAUAAGUAUGUUACUGAAGUCAGUAGAAAUCCAAGCUGUAGCCUGUAAAUAAUAUCUGUUGUGAUGUCAGUUUUGAUGGUUUAUAUCUACUAGGAUAUUUCAUUUGUAGACAUUUACAGGAAUCUAUAUGCUUUUGAUAGCAAGAACUGAAGAAUAAUGAUGCGUCUUCAAUGUUACAAAUUUCAAUUUUCCUAUCUUCUUCUUCUCUUACCAUAUAUACUCACCUGUACGUCGGUCCGCUAACAAGUUUGUUGUAUUUUUUAAGGGUUUUUUUGAAAGGAUUUGACAUUGACAUUCUUAAGUCAGUACAACUUUUUGCCAGAAUCGGUUAAUAGUCUCGGAUCAAUAUUCUAAUGUUUUUACAUGGGUUUUGAAAUUUGUAACUGAUAUUUAAUCUUUUAUCAUCAACAUAUUAAUUUCAUAACAAUACUCUAUGUAUUUACCUAUUUUGGGAAAGUACAUCGAUAUUUAAUCUUUUAUUCUUAACAAAUUAAAAAUACUACUUUUCAUAAUCCAGAAAAAUACCUAUGUUUCUAGGACUGGUCUCCAGUCGGACAGGUGUACCAACAUCUCACUCCAAAAAAAUCUGACUUAUAGGCAACUGUGGUAUUAUGGUAUUUUUAAAUAGAUGGAAUUAUACAUGUAUUUAGAAAAAAGGUAGACGUUCAUGGAUGUUUUGAAUAAUAAUUCAAAUUUUUGGCAGGCUCAUCCUUUGCAUAAUGAUAAGCAUUUUUCACCACAUUUAUAAUCUAAUGUGCAAUGCAUUUUUCACAUGAUUUUUGGUAUGUGCAAUUUUGAGGAUUUCUAUUAUUGGUUCUAACACUGCCAUCAUUAGAAAUUACACUGUGUACAGCGUCUUGUUGAUGUAGUCAGUGUCUUCACCAGAUAUACAUAUGGAACAUUGUCUUGUUAAUGUGAAUAAACUGUGUUAAUGUGAAUAAACUGCAUGGUGUAAGGAUA